AUGUCGCGAGAACAUCUAUUAAUGGCUGUGUUGGCUGCAGCGAUGUCGAUAACGCCAUUGUGCUCUGGAUUUAAUCCGGAACGCUCAGCGAACGUUCCAGGGCCCUGGAAUAUAGUGCCGUCGUUGGAAACCGAGCAGAAGAUCACCGUGGAUCAUUCCUCCAGUUCGAAAUCGGACGUGACCGUGAUCGACAAGGCCUUGCAAGUCUCGGACACGAAAAUGUCGACGAAAACCGUUGAACAAACGAGUCCUGCUGACGUGACGCGUGAGAAAAGGUUCGACUUCACGAUGGAGAACACUGACAAGGACACGCGUUCUCCAGUGGCUGUUGAGCUCGUCAGUUCUGUUCCGAAGAACGUUAUCAUGAUAAUCGCAGAAGCAGGCCAGGAUCAGAAAGAUUUCUGGAAGAAUUUCAAGGCUUCCCAUCUGUUCCAUGUUGUUGGGACGCUUCAGGGUUGUGACAAUGGAGCAGCAGAGAAGUCACGGUUCUCCUUGGACUCUGCGUUCACUUCCGGUAGUAAGGACAAGAAACGCGAAUGCGAGCACUUUCUACGUUCGAACAUUGCAAGUCUGUUGCUUUGGGCUCGAGAUGUUAAAGGGAUGUCUAUAGGGACGUUAUCCAACACGAACUUCACCAUUCCGUCGUUGUUUGGAUUCGAGGAAUCAGUAGGACUUGCAAAGGAAUUCGAGGAUAUGGACGAGAACAACAUGAAACUGGAAGUCCAUAAGCCCAAGCCGGAAAUUUAUAGCGACUGGCAUGUGAUCGACUUGGCAAAACCUACCGGUCAUGCUCCUUCCUUGAUGCCUGCAUCAAAUAUUCAAGAAGACGAUGAAGCUGCGUGGAACGUGUUCAAUAUGUUCUCCAAAAUCCGGCUCGUCCUGUUCCGGUCGUUACUGGAGUCUCUCAGUGGAAAUGUCGCUGCUACAGAGGAUCCUAUUCCCUCUCGCAAAUCGCAUCUUCUUCGAUCUAAUUUGGUGGAUAUGAUGACGGAACUGAAGUCCGUUGAAAACGAGAAAGGUUUUAUCCUGGUCGCCAUGGUGCCUACCAGCGAACUUAAUUCAGCCUUCGAGCUCCUACAGCGCGAAAUGUCGCAGGGUACGCUCUUGGUGGUGAUCAUAACCUGCUCACACGACGACAAACCCGUGCCAUUCUUCGCCCAAGGACCCUCAGCUAGAAUGCUUCACGAGACGACGAUGAUUUGGGAUGUUCCGAAUGUCAUCAGGCAAGUCAUCGCAAGUGGUUGUCAAGACGCGAACUGCAGGGCUCGACGACACGUUUUCCCGCCUUUGAUUACUCAGUCGAAGGACGAUCCUCACAGCAUCACACUUUUGAGAAGAUCAUCGCGGGAUACUGCUAAAAAUUCGGAUGACGAAAAGGUGCCCGAGGUUCCGGCUGCUCAGAAGAAGGACGUGUCGACGAAGAACGAGAAGAACGGAGAGGAGCAAGGAAAAAGAAAAGCAAAGGACGAGAAAGAUGUGUCGCCGAAGGCCGCAAACGUGAACUCAGCGAACUACAAGAUGGCGGAGAAACUCACCACGACAUUUGGCAUAGCUGUCUCGAUGCUUGGCGCAUUCACCCUUACUGCUUAA